GGGAAACAAAAUUAAAUUAAUUAUCAUUAAUUCUUACACUAUAAUUAUACUAUUAUUUGUUGUUUUGUUGUUGUUUUGUUGUUGUUGUUUAAAAUUUGUUUAUAUUAGUAUAGUAAUAGUAUUCUCGCUGGUGCUGUUUGGUUUUUGAUCUAAGGUUCCGUAACGUUGUCUUCCUCAGUUCGGAGAGGCCGUGUUGUUAUACUCGCUGGAGGGGGGAAUGCAGUACAGCGCAGGCGCAGAAUCGCAGGAAACGGUUGAAAACUACCAGUAAUGCCUCUCCAAAAAUGAACCUAACUAAAUGGUACUGAUCAGAGCAUCGUAUCUGCAACUGCUGCAGGAGACAGGGCAGCUGACAAAGACGAGAAGAACUUUGGGAGGAAGCAAAACGAGUGCUUCUCCGGAUUUAUCCCUAUCUCGACGACUCGACCGUUUCUCUGCCUGGGUAGCAAUCGACAUCAAUCCUCAACAAUGUUUCCAACCAACUGAAACGCGGGGAUUUAUUCCUUCCAGUUGUUUUAUUAACUAUUAAAAAAAUAGCCAAAACCUAAACACGGGUCAUUAUGUAUUUGUUAACAUUCCACACUAGAAGACGUUUGAAUAGCUUUUGUCCGGGGGCGUUGUGCUUGCAAUUCAUGCUUUGGAUUUUAUGUGCCGUUUACGGAGAGGAGCAGCCGUUCAGUGUGGAGGCGUGGCUCCAGCGCUAUGGCUACCUCCCCCCCACAGACCCCAGGAUGUCUGUUCUGCGCUCGGCCCAAACGAUGCAGUCUGCUAUCGCUGCCAUGCAGCGGCUGUACGGCCUCAACGUCACCGGUGCGCUCGACAAGAACACCAUCGACGCUAACACUAUAAGCUGGAUGAAGAAGCCCCGGUGUGGUGUACCAGACCAGCUCGGUGGUGCCUCAAAAUUCAGCGUACGAAAACGACGCUAUGCCCUCACAGGACAAAAGUGGCAGCACAAACACAUUACAUACAGUAUAAAGAACGUCACACCCAAGGUGGGAGCGGAGGAGACCCAUGAUGCCAUCCGGCGGGCAUUCGAGGUGUGGCAGAACGUGACGCCCCUCCGCUUCGAAGCAGUUCCCUACAGUGAGCUGGAACGCAGUAAGAGGGACGUGGACAUUACCAUAAUAUUUGCCUCGGGUUUCCACGGAGACAGCUCACCCUUCGAUGGCGAGGGCGGCUUUCUGGCGCACGCCUACUUCCCCGGGCCGGGCAUUGGGGGAGACACCCACUUUGACUCAGAUGAGCCCUGGACACUGGGGAACCCCAACCAUGAUGGGAAUGACCUGUUUCUGGUGGCUGUGCAUGAGCUGGGUCAUGCCUUAGGCUUGGAGCACUCCAACGACCCCACGGCCAUCAUGGCCCCAUUCUACCAAUACAUGGACACAGAGAACUUCAAACUGCCUCACGAUGACCUACAGGGUAUCCAGAAGAUCUAUGGGCCCCCAGACAAGACCCCCCAACCCACGAAGCCUUUACCGACAGCACCUCCUCCCCGCUCCCACCCUCCUUCAGACCCCCGCAAACAUGACCGCCAGACACGGCCCCCACGCUUACCCACGGGGGACAAGCCCAUCCAUCCCAACGCCAAGCCCAACAUCUGUGAUGGCGACUUCAACACAUUGGCCAUCCUGCGGCGAGAGAUGUUUGUGUUUAAGGAUCACUGGUUUUGGAGGGUCAGGGACAACGCUGUAAUGCCAGGGUAUCCCAUGCUCAUCAAUGUUUUCUGGAGGGGUCUGCCACCCAAGAUAGAUGCCGUCUAUGAGAACAGCGAGGGCAAGUUUGUCUUCUUUAAAGGAAAGCAGUUCUGGGUGUUCAAGGACACCAUGCUCCAGCCUGGCUACCCAAAGGACAUCUCCAUGUUUGGGAAUGGCAUGCCCGCACAGAGCAUUGAGACUGCCGUCUGGUGGGAGGAUGUAGCCAAGACCUACUUCUUCAAAGGGGACAGGUAUUGGAGAUACAAUGAGGAUAUGCGGACCAUGGAUCCUGGCUACCCAAAGUCUAUCACAGUGUGGAAGGGUGUUCCAGAUUCUCCUCAGGGUGCCUUUGUUGAUAAAGCCAAUGGCUUCACAUACUUCUACAAAGAUAAAGAGUAUUGGAAGUUCAACAACCAGAGGCUACGGGUUGAGCCAGGCUACCCUCGCUCCAUCCUCAAGGACUUCAUGGGCUGUGACCUAACACCCAUCGACCCCGACCGCCUCCCCACCGAGGACGUUGACAUUGUCAUUCAGCUUGACAACGAGGCCAGCACAGUGAAAGCCAUUGCCAUCGUCAUCCCCUGCAUCCUGGCACUGUGUCUGCUGGUGCUGAUCUACACCGUGUUUCAGUUCAAGAGGAAGGGCACACCACGUCACAUACUGUACUGCAAACGCUCCAUGCAGGAGUGGGUGUGAGUCAGUGCCCCACCCAGGCCUGUCCCUUACUCCCACCCCACCCCCGGUAAUUGCCGCGGUGGUACAGCCCACCUUAAACCUGCAGACUACGGCCCUGACCUCACUCUGUCUCACUAUGGUUCUCUGGGGAGCAGAGAGGGCCAUUGCCUAGAUCUCCCCCUCCAGGAGAGGAAGGGUGCAUUACUCCUUACUCUCAGCCUCUCUCCUAUUGGCACAGUGCAACCAAUCUAAGACUAGGGAGGGUUUCAGACUCCUCCCAUGGUGCAUUGUGUCGUCCUGUGUCAAAUCAGGUCUUAACUGUUCUAAGUGGAAAAAGCUGAUUGCUAUAUCUUUAGGUUUUACUCGAUUUUGCACGCUCAAAAGAGAAAAAGGAGAAAUAUGCCCAUUUUAAAGUUGCUGGAAUUCAACAAGUACACGUCUUAAAAGUUUACCUUUUUAUCUUUUAGCCUAUUCUUUGACUUUAAUCCAUAACUUAUUUUUUGAACCGAGGUAUGUACAACUCCCUUUAAGCACUCCUGAAAAAGAGAGCCCAAACCAAAUAAAGACUCUUUCUCUCCAAAGAGGAUUUUA